GAAGUGACGUCUGUUAUGUGUUUUCUCCCACCUCUCACUUUCAGCGAGCAUCAAAAAGCUCUGUCUCUGAACGGAACGAAACGAAACGAAACGAAACGUAACGAAACGUCCCAAGGACAGCCAUUUACAUCCUGACGUCACUUCAUUGUGGUAGCUGUGUAGAGCAUUUUUUUUGAGAUUUAAUAUCAAGACUGACCAGAGAUUGAUUACAGUUUAUUGCUGUAACUCCAUUAAGUGAAACGUGUGAAGUGGAAAAGCUUUGUAUAUUGCAAAUGAUUACACAUGAACAAGAUUCUGAUGUUGUUCAGUGGGGUCUGCAGUUGUUUGAAAGCAACCCUUAUUCUAAUUACAUGUAUGGUGACAAUGCUACACAAGAUGAUGUAGAUUAUUAUGCUGAGCAGCUUUUCAAGGAAGACUAUUAUGAUGCAGAAUAUUGCACAGUAGAGAAUGAUGAGCUUAUUGCACUUGCUCUUCAAGAAGAACUAACACAACUCUCAGUUGCAGAAGCACCCGAGUCUCCACAUGGAGAGAAUAAACAUUUGCAAGUUUCUUCUUUCCAACCAGAUUGGAAUGAUCAAUCUAUGGAGAACUAUGGUUCUGGGCACGAAGGUGGUCAGGAAGAGGCAAAUGAUGUGGGACCUUCUAGUUCAUGCUCUAGCCCUCGGGAAAAUUCUCAUUCUGCAGAAGACUGGUCAUAUUCACUGGAGCUAGCAGAGGAGUAUGCUUUUGAUGGUGAAGUGGGAAAAUGGUUGAAUGAAAUGGUCCCUAUUCCUCAUGUUCCUAGAAUCAAUGGAGAAAUACCCUCAGUUGAUGAAGCAACUUUAGAUCAUCAAAGGCUAUUGGACAGAUUGCAGGUGUAUGAUUUAGUUGAGCGUAAAGUUCAAGGAGAUGGUAACUGUCAGUUCCGCGCUUUGUCAGAUCAAUUUUAUCUAACCCCUGAGCACCAUGAAUUUGUGAGACAAGAAGUUGUAAACCAGCUCAAAUCUUAUCCUGAGACCUAUGAGGGAUAUGUUCCCAUGGCUUAUGGUGACUAUUUGGAAAAGAUGUCCAGGAGUGGUGAAUGGGGUGAUCAUGUCACUUUGCAGGCUGCGGCAGAUUCGUAUGGUGUCAAAAUAAUUGUCAUAACGUCUUUCAAGGACACUUGCUGCAUUGAGAUCCUUCCAAAUGUUCAACAAUCAAAAAGAGUAAUUCUUUUAAGCUUCUGGGCGGAGGUGCACUACAACUCAAUAUUUGCACAAGGAGAUUGGCCUACGUAUGAGACUAAGAAGAAGAAAAAGUGGCGGAUGUUCCGAAACAAGCAUUUGGAAUCAGUAGAUAAUACCGAUGACUGUUAUUAUAGAGUUUAAUCCAAAUUCCGCAAUUUCAGUUUGUAGAACCAGCACCAGCACCAGCACCAGCACCAGCUUUCUCAUGCCAAUUUUCUUUCAGAUUUAACAGCAAUUUUAAGAACAACACAUGAAGGGGAGCUACCUUGAUCCUCUAACAAUGCUUUGCCCCAUCAAAUCUAUUUUGUCAAAUGUGCAAGGUUUCUUGCAACCUCUGACUCAUGCCUAUCCACUAUUAUCUAGUGUUGUUUCUUUCUGAAUGUUCUUAAAUUGUGCAUGCUAGUUUUUGCAGUUGCAUGCUUGGCUAGAAGCAUUUAUACCUACUGGAGAAAUUAUUCAUUACCAAUCGCAAAUUUCUUCAGAAUUUUGGAAUAUGCAGGUUGUUGUUUGAUCUGGAUCAUCCCAUCUCUUUAACAAGCUUCUCAGCAUUCAACAUUGUAUCUUAAUUAUUUUAUUACGAGUGGUAAUACUCAUCUUUUCAGUCA